UCUUUUCGGUUUGAAGAUACCAUACACCGCAUAUUUUCUUCAAAUUUUCAAGAUUUCCAUGGAGUUCGGUGUAAACAUUUCCUGAUCAACUGAUUCGAUGACGCACAUAAAACAAGGUUAGCUUGGGAGUGUAACUUCUUCCAGUCAUAAUGGAUCCUUUGUACAUGGCAUUGAGCCUGUUCCGCAGGAGAAAGUUUGAGGAAUGUGUAACGGUCUGCUCUCAACUUUUAGAAAGGAAUCCCUAUGAUCAGGCUGCAUGGUCCUUGAAGACAAGAGCUCUGACUGAACAGGUGUACUUAGAUGAGAUAGAUGUGGAUGAAGAAGGCAUUGCGGAGAUGCUUAUGGAUGAUAAUUCAAUCGCUCAAGUAACACGUCCAGGCACCUCUUUAAAGAAACCUGGUACAGGCUCAGGGGCCCCCAGUGCAGGAAUGCGUCCUACAUCUCAAUCUGGGAGGCCCUUGAGUGGGUUUGUAAGGCCAGGUACACAGAGUGGAAGACCAGGCACUAUGGAGCAGGCUAUCAGAGCCCCUAGGACUGCACACACAGCCCGCCCUGUCACCAGUGCGUCAGGCAGAUUUGUGCGCCUUGGAACAGCUUCUAUGCUGUCCACACCAGACGGUCCAUUCAUCAACAUUCCAAGGUUGAACUUUUCAAAGUAUGCUGCCAGACCAAACCUAGCCAAGGCCUUAUUUGAAUACAUUUUCCAUCAUGAGAAUGAUGUGAGGAAUGCAUUAGAGCUAGCAGCCAAGGCUACUGAAGCGUGUCAAUUCAAAGAUUGGUGGUGGAAGGUUCAGCUUGGAAAGUGCUACUACAGGUUAGGGUUGUACCGUGAUGCCGAGAGUCAGUUCAAGUCGGCUAUGAAGCAGCAAGAAGGCAUAGAUGUCUACCUCUAUCUAUGUAAAGUUUAUGUGAGGUUGGAUCAGCCAUUGACUGCUGUUGAAAUCUACAAACAGGGUCUGGAAAAGUUUCCCAGCGAGACUACUCUACUGACAGGCAUCGCCAGAAUAUAUGAGGCCAUGAAUGACCUGGUGAAUGCAGUGAAAUACUACAAGGAUGUGUUGAAGCAUGAUAACACACAUGUUGAAGCCAUAGCAUGCAUUGCAAACUACCACUUCUACUCUGAUCAACCUGAGAUAGGGCUCAGAUACUACAGGAGAUUACUGCAGAUGGGUGUAUACAAUGCAGAACUGUACAACAAUCUAGGGUUAUGCUGCUUCUAUGCACAGCAGUAUGACAUGACACUGACGUCAUUCGAGAGGGCGCUAUCACUCUCUGGUGAUGAUGCCACCACAGCGGACAUCUGGUACAAUGUUGGUCAAGUUGCAAUGGGCAUUGGUGAUACUGGCUUAGCUCUACAGUGUUUUAGAUUGGCUCUCACAUCAAACAAUGACCAUGCAGAGGCUUAUAACAACCUAGGAGUAUUGGAGUUACGCAAAGGACAUGUCGACCAGUCAAGAGCAUUUUUCCAGGCAGCUCAGAUGCUAGCACCUCACAUGUUUGAGCCACACUAUAAUUUUGCAUCACUUUCAGAUCAGGUUGGUGAUCUACAGAGCAGCUACGGUUCAGUGAAGAAGGCAGUAGAGUCCUAUCCAGAGCAUUGUGAUUCCAUGGAGCUCUUCUCUCAACUCAAGAAACAUUUUGCUUUGCUCUAAGAGUAUGUUGUUCCAGUUUAUCCAUCGGCACAUUCCUUCUAGAGCUUACCAGACUGAACUUUUUGAUGUCGAAUUGGAAGACUUUGUUGUACAUGUAUAGUUGGAUUACAAGAUUGUGCCUAUGCCUUUUCAAGGAUUAUUAAACCACAGGAAUAUUUUGUUGGUUUAGGUUGUUGCUGUUUGAUGGGGGGGGGGGGGGGGGGGUAAAUGUAAGGCCAUGUAUUCUCUUCUUAGCAUAUGUGCUUUCAUUCAUCUUCAGUUUGUAUCUGGAUGUCUGAUAUAAUGAAUGCAUCGGUCAUUCUAUGAUCUCUCAUAGAUGCCUUUGUAUUGGAGCAUUUAAUCAGGCAACAGCUACAGGAUAGUUUCUUUUUUAAUCAAUGACACCUCUUCAAGAAACCUUGUAUUCCAUUUGAGAGGAGACUGGACUUAUCAGUUUUUAGAUUUUCAGGGCUACAUAGCAUGCAGGAACACUGUGCAGAAACAAUGAAGUAUACCUUCAUAUUGAUGGAAAUCUUCAGUCCGUAUGCAGACUGUAUCGUAUUCACUAUCAUCUGUCACUAUUUAUCACCUUGAUAAUGAAGUUCCUAAUUGUUCUAGUUCUUUAUUAAAUGAAUUAUGACCGAUGUUUUGUGUAUACAAAAAAAUUAAUUAAAAAGAUAUAAAUCGGUAACUUGGUGAUUUCCUAUUUGAACAUUAUUUAGUGAUAACAGAAAGAGCUAUUUAAUAGUUGAUUGUCACAUCAAAUAUAUUUUUCAUAUUAGGAUGAACAAAUGGACAAUAGACUUAUGUCAUGUUGGAAACAGUUUGCCAAGUUGCCCCUUUUUGUAUUCAUGUACAUGAUGGAUAUACUUGCUUGGAUGACAAUGAGAGAGACAAUAUACCAUAUGUUUGCUGUUCAAAUUAUGUAUAUACUGGUAUUUAAAGAAUAUAGAAAAACUGCACUGGUAAUUUGCCCAAUGCAUUUUAGGAUCCUCUUGUAAAUAUCUACUGUAUUAUUUUAUCAUGACACCAUGUAUUUUUGUGUGCAAUCUUGAUAUAUAGAGCGACAAGAAAUUAGACAUUUAUUUAACGUAAGCAAUUAAAAAUUGCCAAAUAGUGAAUACCGGUAUGUUUAUGAAGAAAACUUGUUUCAAUAGAUCAUUUAGAAUGGUAAGGCUCCCCCAAAUUUGUUAAAGAAUUAGUCAUUCCAAUAUCUAUAAUCCAUGUAGCCCUCUUUGUGAUGUUACAGCAUGUAGACAUAUGCCUGGUAUAUGUGAUUAUCUCUAAAGCAUAAGCCUUGUGUAGCUGGAAUGGGAUUUCACUACACUCAGUGAAACCGAGUAUAAGCUGUUAUAACUCGGUAUAAGCUAAUGCCUUGAAAGGCUGACAUUUUGGGGGUUAUAUCGAAUCUAGACUCGAGAGAUUCAACCUUGUAUUGUAGAGGACAAAAAAACCACUCCAUUAGGUGGGGAUUUAGAGGUCGGUAUAAGUCGUGUUACAACAUACAUGUGCGAAAAAGAGUUUCUGGUACAAGUAGGUAAGACUUAACGAUACAAUAUUAACCUCAUCGGAUAGAAUUGUUUGUUGCUUACAUUUAAAAGAUUGUGUUGUAACUUUUACAUCCUAUUUCUGUUUGAAAUAUGCGUGUAGAAGUUUUAGAUCUGGAAUUGCAUUCAUGAUGUUUUUAAGACACUCUUGACAUCCUACUAUUUUAGAGUGUAAUCUGCAUAAAUUUGGCCUUUCUCUGUCUUUUUUGUAUAAUAUUGUGUUCAUAGCAAGACAACAUAAUGUGUUUCAUAAUGAUUAGUAAUGGCUACUGGGGGUUCAUGGAUGGCGAAGUGUAGGUUAAGGUUUGUCGUGAAAGUAUUUUAUAAUAAUUCAUUGGUCUCUUUCUAGCGCUCCUAACCUCCAUUCGUCAGAUAUUCAUGGCCGUCCAAAUUUAUCAGGGCAUUAAUUAGCUUGUUAUGUGAAUCAGACAUUAGGCGGUGUCAGACAGAGGCAAAAAAAAAUCUGGAUUUUAGUUAUCCUCUUAAUUGGCUGUCUGUCAUCAAUUAUCCCUUUAAAAAAACGAAUCAAGAAAAUUCUCCCUUGAAAGUAUUUUUCAAAGGAUUUUUUAAGCAGUUUUUCUGUCUGACACCAAUGUUGAAAUAAGGACAGUGUAAGGUCAACGUUUGACUUAGUGAUUGGCUGCCAUGUGGUUUUUAACGAGCUAUCAUAACCUGUGCACAAUUAUAUUAGCGCGCAUUUAAUGAGAUUUUAGUUAUCCAGAUUAUUUGUAGCCUGUCUGUCACUGACGUAAAUGAAAAAAAUAGAUUUCUAAAAUCUGGUUUAUUCAAGAUGGGUCAGGAUUUUUCUGUGCGACACCGCCUAGUAUGCUUUGCAAACAUACCGGUAAUACCUUUGAAAAGUUAUCACAAAACUUUUUCUGCUUAUUGGCAGCUCAAUUCAAGAUUUGAGCAAGAUUAUCAUUUUGAUUUUCAAGAUGGGAAAUUGUAAAGCUAAUCCAUGCUUAAAUUACUUUGUAUCAUGUGGAAAGGAGCGAUAUGGGGUAUUAUUCAUUUGUGAGACUAUUUGCAAUCUGUUUGUAAAUCUAUUAAUGCAUAUAUAAGUGCAUUCCAUAUUCCAUGGAUUUAUCCUACUAAAUUGAAAAGGCUGUAUGUAGAGUAAAUAACAAGUUGUCAGUAGAGCUGUUUAACUACAUGUAUCUUGCUUGUUAAACACUUUGUGGGGUGUUUAAUACUAGCAGAGAGUUUGAAAGACAAGAAAAACAGUGUAACAGUCAUUUGGUUGGUGAAUAAAGGUAUUGAAAUGAAACAGAUGUUAAUGAAGUUUCUUUUGAAAGAGGAUCCACACUGAAUUAGCCCUCUAUUUGUAACACUUAAAAAAAAAAAAUCUUUUGUGAUGCUCAUAUUUAACUGUUGAUAAAGAAUAUAUUGUGGAAUGAAACUUACAAUACAUAUGUUCUUAAAAUAAUCAGUUUCCAGUUGUCAAUGAAGACAUGUACCCUUCUAGGAAAAAUACCACUAUCCUGCUUGUUUUCCUCCUUCAAAUUAUUAGAGGUUCACUAAUGCACAAGAACAGACUUUAAUUUAGAAUUAAGUUUUUGUCAUUGCAAUAAAGUGUAAAAAUAAAAUGUAAUUUGUACUUCUCUUUAUUUUGAAGAGUAUUUUGACGAAACAAAAAUGCUUUGUAUGGUA